AUGUUUGGAAACACUAACAAUACAUCAUCUGGUGGUGGUGGUGGAGGAUUAUUUGGAUCUUCUAAUACUGCUUCUUCAACUGGCGGCGGCGGUGGUGGUGGAUUAUUUGAAACAAAUAAACCAACUACUACUACUACUACUACUACUGGGUUUGGAUCUCAACCACAACAAGGAUCGAAUUUAUUUGGAUCUUCAUCAAAUACAAGUGGUGGAUUAUUUGGUAAUCAACAACAACAACAACAACAACAACAACAACAACAACAGUCUAACACUUCUGGUGGUCUUUUCGGUAAUAAACCAGCCACAGGAACAACUACUGGUGGUGGUGGAGGAUUAUUUGGUGGACAAACAAACACUUCUGGAAGUGGAGGAGGAUUAUUUGGCGGACAAUCAAAUAAUACCACUAACAAUACUGGUGGUGGUUUAUUUGGAGGACAAUCGAAUUCCACAGGAACUAACACUGGAGGAGGAUUAUUUGGAGGACAAUCGAAUUCCACAGGAACUAACACUGGAGGAGGAUUAUUUGGUGGUCAACAACAACAACAACAGCAGCAACUGAAUACAACAAGUGGUAGUGGUGGAGGAUUAUUUGGCAAUAAACCAGCCACUGGGGGUGGACUUUUCGGAGGUUCGUCAAAUACAACAAACACAGGAUCUACUACUUUUGGAUCAAAUCAAGCAACAACUGGUGGAUUAUUUGGUAAUAAACAACCAGCUACUUCUGGAGGUCUUGGUCUUUUUGGAAAUACUCAGCAGCAACAACAACAACAAUCUUCUUCUUCAGGGUUAUUUUCCAAUAAUACCACAAAUAAUGCUCAACCAUCAUUUAGUUGGAGUCAACCACCACCACAAUCAUCAAGUUCAACUACCAUUAGUGGUAAUACCAAUCAAAUUUCAAAUCUAACUAAUGGUCCAUUUGGUUCUAAUACAAAUCAACAAGUAAACAAUAAUACUAACACUUAUACACCUGCCAUAAAUGAUCAAUUGACUAAAAUUUGGGAACAAUGGGAUCCAAAUUCUUCUAAAUGUGCUUUGAAGACUUAUAUUUAUAAUAAAUUUAGUGAUCAAGAAAUAAAUGUCUUAUUAAAUCAACCACGUCCUAUUAAUGAAUCGGCUGAAGAUUGGGAAAAUGCCAUGAUAUCAAGACCAGGACCUAAUUAUUAUCCUAUAAAAGUUAAUUCAUUUAAUGAUGUUGGUCAAAGAAUUGAAACUCAAUUGGAUUAUGUAGCAAAAUCAAGAAUUUUACUUAAUAAUAUCAAUGAAAAUUUAAAUAAUUUAUCAUCACAACAUGAUUUAGAAAAUACUACAAGAAUAAUGAAAGCUAAAUCAAGACAUAUUAAAUUAUCAAGAAGAUUAUUAAGAUUAGCAACAAUUUUAGCUAUUGUGAAAUUAAAAGGUUAUCCAUUAUUACCAGAAGAAGAAGAAAUUUCUAAACAAUUUGAAUUAUUAACAUCAAAAUUAAAUGAUCCAAAUAGUUCAAUUGGUAAAUUAAGUGAUGUAUUUGCUAGAUUAGCUAUACUAAAAGAAAGAGCAGAAGAAUUUAAUUAUCAAUGUGAAAAUUCGGUUAAUUUAUUAAAUAAUACUUUAAUUGAAGAAGAUAAUGAUGAUGAUGAUGAUGAAUCUAAAAAAUUGAAUAAAGGAUCUGUAACAACAAGAACAAGAACAACAACAACAACAGAACAAUCAGAUAAUAAUAAUAAUAACAAUAAUAACAAUAAUAAUAAUAAUAAUAUUGAAGAAGCAAUUCAUAAACUUUCUAAAGUUUUAUUGAAACAACAAAUGGGAUUAAAUUAUUUAAAUGAUAUUUUAGAAAAAGAUAUUGAAGCAGUUAAUAAGAUUACCAAAAAAUAA